CACCCCAACCCGCCUCAAGCAGCAAAGCCUGCCCCUGGCGAUCUCCUAGCUGAGCGAAACAGAGGACUUUGUAAGUGAUGGAAACGGCGAAGAUUUCCGUGCCGGUGAUCGAUUUGGCUAAUUGCUUCGUUCAGGCGGGGAAGCAGAAGCUGGCCGCAGCAAUAACUGAGAUGGGCUGCUUCCGAGUGAUAAAUCACGGCUUUCCGGCUGCUUUGGCGGCUGAGAUGAGGGCUAUCGUUCCAUCUUUGAUGGAGCACCGCCGCAAUACCGAGGUUUCCGCUGGUAGCGGAUACAUGGCACCCAAUCAGUAUAGCCAGAUUGCACCAUUGCAAGAGUCAUUGGGCAUCUACAACGCAGCUUCUUCUGAGGAAGUUCAUUCAUUCUGCUCACUAAUGCAUGUCUCCCCACAGCAAAGAGAAACAAUUAGUGAAUAUGCCUCGAAGCUCCAUGACUUGAUUGUGGAUAUAGCAUCUAAAGUGACAGACUGUUUAGGUGUGGAGGGAUUCUCAUUCCAAGAAUGGCCUUGCCGGUUAGGACUCAAUCGUUAUAACUUCACAGAAGAGACAAUUGGCUCUAUUGGUGCCCCUAUCCACACCGACUCUAGCUUUCUUACUAUCGUCCAAGAGGAAGAGUCUAUUGGUGGCUUUGAAAUUGCUGACGCUGCAGGAAAUUUUGUAGCCAUUGAUCCUGUACCGGGUACCUUCUGGGUGAAUAUUGGUGACAUGGGAAAGGUUUGGAGCAAUGGAAGAUUGCAGAAUGUGAAACACAGGGUGAUAUGCAAGAAAGCCUCGCAGCGUUUCUCGAUCGUGCUUUUUAUGUUUCCACCAGAGAAUUCUAUGGUUGAGCCUCAGGCUGCGUUCAUUGAUUCUAAGCACAAGAGACUCUAUGGGACUAUUGAUUUGCCGGAAUAUCGAAAGCUUCGUCUCUCUUCUAAACUCACGGCCGGAGAACUUCUCUCCCAUUACUCACUGGAAUAGCCUACACUAUCAUAUUGCUAUAAAACAGGUAAUAUGGCUGUGCCUUCUUAGUUUUGAAUCAUAAAAACAAUAUCUUUUAAAUGAAUUUGUAAAACUAUGUAUAAUAGAACAAUUGCCUUGUAAAUUUAGCUUAAAAUGAUUCAAAAUAAUUAUAUAAUAUUUUU